UUUCCAGCUUCUUUUAUGUUAUGUUUACAAGUUAAAGCGCCUGUGAUUUAAAAAAAAUGUAAAUCAGGAAAGAGAACACAAAAUACGAUUCGUAAUAAUGAGAAACAUUUCGGAAUGGUACGUGUCCAAAAGAAUACUCGCCGCUCUUGUUGGUAGCUACAUCACAACACUGGAAAAGUGGCAAAGCCGACCAAGACUCGAUAAUUAACAGUCGAAAAAGCUUGUCAAUAACGAAAAAGGGAGUGAUUCCACACCAUCCAUUUGCUUUCGUUUUUCUCGGCUUGAUAACUGACCAGCGGCCAUUGCAGGAGGCUCCCACGGGCAACAUGGUUGUCCAAGCUGAGCGGCAAUGAGCGGCAUGCAGCAGUAAACCAUCAGCGACUGUGUGGUAAACAAACGUCUCUCUUUUUUUGUCUUCAAGAUGGGGCAUCCUCCCCUGGUGUUCAGUGACUGCUAUUCUGGCAGUCCUGAAUUCAGAGAGACGCUCAAAUGUUAUGAACUGGAGCUGGAGAGGACUAGUAAAUUUGUCAAGGAGUUGAUAAAAGACGGCAACAGUGUGAUCAAUGCAAUAAAAGGUUAUACUCUGGCUGUGCAGAAGUUGUCCCAAACUCUCAGCGUGUUCCAGUUUGACUUCAUCAGCGACUCCCUGACCGACGACGAGAUUAACAUCGGAGAAGAGGAAGAAAUUUGAGAAGGAGAGCAAAAAAUAUUACUCCCAGCUUGACAACACCUGAGUCUUUCUGCUAAGAAGAAAGAGAGUCAACUUCAAGAGGCCGAUGAGGUCUUAUGCGAAGAGCGAGUCAAUUCUAUGAGUCUUCAGUGGAAUAUGUAUAGCAGAUCCAUCAGGACCAAGACAGGAAGAAGUUUGUCAUGGUGGAGCCUAUAAUACUGACCAAGUACAGGAACUUUGGACGUCCAGUGCAAAUCAUGACCCUUUCUUGUCCACCGCCGCCAUGCAUGUUAAUUACUGUGUGAGUGAGUGCCAAGUUUUAUUUGUUUUAACCCUCAACAACCUGACGGUGGAGAUGACUUUAUGCCCUACAAGCAGGAGCUGCAGCUCAGCCUGCAGAACACGAGGAACCACUAUGAGAGCACCCGUGAGGAGAUGGAGGACCUUAUGAAACUAAUGAAGCACUCAUCGCAGAGCUGCAAAAUGCCCAAAACAUUCCAGUCACAUUCCAAGCGCUUUCGGAAGGAUACAGGAAGUUGUGGAUGGAGACCAUGGGUGGAAAAGAGCCUGUGGUUUAGUGCUGAAGGCGUGUACAGAACAGUUGGCAGCAACAUCCAAGUGCAGAAGCUUCUAAAUGCCUUCUUUGAUCCUGCAAACUCAGGAGAUGUGGAUCUGAACAGCGGUGACGACUGGGACAUCAAAACCAUCACCAGUGCAAUGAAGUUUUAUCUGAGAAGUCUGUCUGGACCUCUGAUGACCUACGAUCUGCACCGAGACCUCAUGUUAGCUGCAAAUUUUCAGUCAUAUGCCAGAGGACAGCAAUGCCCCGCCCAUCCCUCCUCCACGCAUCACCCCAAGAAAGAGGCAGCCCAUAACCAUCUCCAAGCGGCCGCCUCGUCUUUAUUCACCUCUGAGUCACGAGCACUUCCAGCAGCAGCAGCAGCACACAGAGGUGUAGCCUCGAAAAUGAAUUUUUUUGAGAAUGCCUCGAAGCAAGUUGGCAGCUCUGGAAUUCCAGCGUACCACAGUGAGAGCCAUUAUCCAAAAGUGGCAAAAACAUGGAACGUGGUGAACCUUCCCAGGAGUGGCCGGCCAACCAAAAUGACCCCAAGAGUGCAGCGACGACUCAUCCAAGAGGUCACAAAACACAACAACAUCCAAAGAACUGCAGGCUUCAAUUGCCUCAGUUAAGUCUACCAGUUUCACAAGCACCGUCAGCAGCAACAAAUGUGAAAAGAGAGAAGUCAAGCUAAACAAUGUGGUGCAGCCUGUAAUGAUGCACGCCAAGCCGGAGGACUGCACCAACAGACUGACCUGUGAAUGGUGUCACACUCAAGAGUCCAACACCAGCUGAACAGAUUGCAUUUUUGUGUGUGAGUGAAGAAAAAGUGACUCGCGCAUGUUCAGGAGAGGCAAGUCCUUGUUUAAACAUCAUUCCAAAGUUCAAGCGGUUAUUUGUUGUUGCGUAAUGUUGCUCCAUGUUGUUCUACUGUGUUAAAAGCAUUGGCGUGACCAAGACAAAAACUUGUUUCUUAACCAGUGAGGGCUUUCAAAAUCCUAAAAGUAUACUUCUUCAAUUUUCAAAGUGAUAAAUGGCCAAAAUGAAGAUGGAAAAUAUUCAGUUUUCAUAAGACACUUCCACCCCAAACAGUUGCAUUGUUUAUUACACUUUUUCCUUUUUAAUUACCCUGAAUAUGUUGUUCUUUUGAUAACACAAAGUACGAAUGCUUUCAAGUAUUACGUCAAAGUAUUUUCUGCCCUUCCAGGUCAGCUUUUGCUUCAAAUAUUUUAGUUUGCUCUUCCAAAAAAAGGGUCAAAUUUGAAGUCUUUUUUUGUUGUGGUUUUUACAUUUUUGUUCCAUGUUCAGCUGCCAUGUUUGGUUCUUCUUUUCCUGUAAUGUGGAAAUUCUGUUUGUUGUGGUGGUUCCUUGUGUUUUCAUAAAGGAAACGAAUAAAUAUGAACAGCAUGGAUUGUUUGAAGAAAAAAAAAAAACAACUCUUGGUUUCUGUGUCAUUGCGUGAAUAUAUAAUAUUUAGAACUGGCAAAUGAUUUUGUAAGGAAUUGUUAAUCAGAUUAAUGACCAUUUUCAAAUUAUUUAGUCAUGAUUAAUCAGUUUGCCAGUGUUUUUACUGUAUUUUUUUUUUUUUUUGCCUAUUUGUGACAUAAUUUCUGGGUAAAUGACGAGUCUUAAGCAUGACUGAUAUUCAGAAGUGUUGUCCUUCAUGAGAACUGAGGCAUGCUUCUCGUAAACAGAUUUUCCUAACAGUCGUGUCACAGCCAGCAUAGUUUGACGGUAAACAGUGUGAUUCCCAGCAUGUGUGGUCUUCAAACAUUUUUAAUACACAAAGUAACUGUUGUUGACAAGGUGACAAAGGAGUGAAAAUGGAUGCAAAGCAUGCUGUUGACUCUUAUUUUGUUAUUGUCUUCAAAUGUGAUAUGCUGGCAAAAAAAGAAGGGGGCUCAACAUCUCUAGAGAAUUGCUUCUCCUUUGUUUCCUUAUCUCCCUUUUAUCUUCUGUUGUUGGUAAGGUGGUAUUAAGUGAAAAUUGUUUCAAGCUAUGUACUUUAUUGCAAAAAAGCUACUGUAUGGGGGAAAAAAAAGAGUGACAGCAUCUUUGAAACAGACAGGAAGUAUAUAUUUUUUUUAAGUAUAUAUGUUUGCCUCCAGCAAGUGCACCGCGGAGGUUAUGUUUUACGCUAACAUUAGCAUAGUAGCAUUAUUUGGCCAUUUUCAUAACUAGACACUUAUAUAAGCACUUACCACUAUUAUGCUUUGUGUUAGCAUGAUAAUGUUAGCAUGUUAGCACUGCCAGGGCAAUCUAAAUAAGUCAAAAUUGUCUAUAGCGGCCACUAGAGGGAGUCUGCAAAAGUGGCCGCCAUAGACAGGUGGCCUCUAUAGAAAGGUUGGCGUCCAGUUUGAAUGUUGACCAGUAGAGGGGAAAAAAAAGAGAAAAAAGGGAAAAAAUAAUAAUAAUGUUGACCAGUAGAGGGCACUGUGGGACUGCGGAUAAAAGUUGUACAGCACUACUAGGCUUGUUAUUAUCCACGACCCACAUAAAGCUGUGCUAGUAAUGGCUUACGCUUGUUUUUAAUAUUUUACUUUUUAUACGGCAGAGUGUCAUUACAGCUUUAGUUCAUCAGGAAGUGACGGUGGACGUCCCGAGCAGGAGAGCUAGGCUCAGUGCUAGCUGUGAGUUUGGAGAGAGUUGGGAAGUGUGUUUAUGUUGGCGUGGAUGUAAAGUCCUGCAGUGUUCUCCGCUGUUAAUAAAGCCAUUAAAGUGCAUCGGCAACAUGAGUCUCUCCUUCCCCACAACAAGCGGCAUUACAGUAUUGACCAGUGCACACCAGGAAAUAAACGGUGUCAUUUCUUACAGGCAUUGGCUGGACAGCUAUGUGGUGGGGCUUGUUUAACCUUUGCCUUGUGGGCAAGCAGGAAGGAGAGACGAUGCUGAGAGAUGUGUGUGUGUUCUGAGCUGCUGUCUGGUGGCCGCGUUCAAUAAAUAAAGUUGGCAGAAGCAACAGGAGAAGUUUCCUUCUUUGCUUCGGAGCUGAAUAACACUUACAAGUUAACAGACUAGUAGCGAACGGAAAAGAAGACGGCUUUGUUUGUGUCAAAUACAGAAGAUGAGGACUUUGGUGGAUUUGUGGAUGAGGAUUGAUCAAAAAUAACAUGAGUACAUUCUAAAAUACUUCAAUUAAGUACAACCGAACUCAGUUUUGCUGCCGCAUGCAUGCUAGCGUAUGUUUUUUUUUUUUUAUUAUUGUAGUGUCGCUGGGAGCACGUCCUGUUCCCAGCCUAAUUUGCAGUAAUGUUUUGGUGCAAAUGCUCUUAAAGUUACAUGUUUGACCAAGAAAUAGCAAGCUCAAAAAAAGACGGCUUUUUUAUGUGGAGCAACUGAUAGUUUGUGUGGAUCUUGUGAAUGAUUGUGACUGAGCUAGGACUCGGUAAUUAAAGUCUACACACAACGGCUUCAUUGAUUGAAAAACAAAACUUUUUCGUGCAUGAAGCUUCUACUUGAGUCGGUAAUUUGGCCACUAUAUGCAGUCAGAUAUUGACCAAGGGAGACAAAAUGGGUGGCCGCUGGCCGCGUUGGACAGGUGACUGCUAUACACAGGCUCAUUAACAUGUAAAUUUGCUGCGGGGGAUUUUUCAGUGGCCGCUAUAGGCAGGUGGCCGUUCUAUAAAGGUGGCCGCUAAGACAGGUUUGACUGUAUGUAGAUCAAAUGAAUGUAGAACUAAUAUUUAUGGUGUGAAUCACAAUAUGGGGGGGAACUAUGACGCUUGGCGGAGGUCUGUGCUCUCUUUUGAGUGCUUUUCUGGUUUUUCAAGCGGUAUGUUUUUCACUUAACUCAUUCAAUAACAGACGUGUUCAUAUGUUUUUCUAAUCACGAACACCCGAUCCCAACAACGUAUUUAUACAUCUUUUCCGAUUUUGCACAAGAGGUGAUGAUGCAACUCUCCACUAACGCAUGUCAUUUUCAGAGCAAUUUUAAGCCAUAAAAACGGCCACAAGGUGGCAGUAGUGCAUUUGAUAAGCGCUCAGCCAGGAUCUUACAGGAAGGAGGAAGUGAGAUUGCGUGGAGGAGUGUAAGCGUGCAGGUUAGCAUUGUAGGGAAAUUUGAACGUAUACAUACGCGUGUGCAUGCGCACACAUACCGUAGUUCAGUUCCAAAUGUAAAAAUUGUAAAUACUUGGUGAUGGUGUUAUUUGUAAAUAAAUUAUUUUUAUGUAAAACAACCCCUUUUUGUGUUGUUUAUGUUGGUAUUGUUUAGAUAUUUGAGCUGUCACAAAAGCAAAAUAUAUUUGUGUCAAUGUGAAAGUUAUGCUUGAAAUGUGUCUUUUCUCUCAAAGCUGUUUUUCUCUGUUUUCUUGUAAGGAACUGAUAUUUCCCUGAAACUUACCUAUGUUCUACUGCUGAUUACUAAAGAACGGAAAAAGUGGGUAUGCUCCACAGGUAGGAUGUGAGCUGGAGGAGGAGGAGAAAUUCUGGUUGGACUUGGAUGAAGUGAUGCAGAGCAUACAUAGAAGAGAGACAGUUGUCAUUGGUGCAGAUUUCAAUGGACAUGUUGGUGC